GGUAGCUGAUCGAGAUGAGCAGUAGUGAUCACGAGCAGGCGGCCAUGGAGCAGGAUGGCGCCGGCCGUGGCGAUCAGGUGCCAUCGCCGGCGUCGUUGAGCGCAAAGAAGCUGUGGCGCAUGGUGCGCGCUGUGCACCUCGUCCUUGUCAGGGGCCUCGGCAAGCACCAGCCCAAGCUCGCCGCGCUCGGCGUCAACCUGCACCACAUGCUGUCGUCGUCCAAGCGCCACCACCAACACCUCGGGGCGGCAACGGGGGAUCAGAGCCCGGCCCUGACGACCUACCUGUCCGCGGCGCUCUCCUGCCGGUCCAUGGACCCGGCCUCCGCGGUGCACCCGUACCCGCGGCGCGGCGGGCACGGCGGCGGUGCCUCCUCGAUGUCGUGCCGGUCCAUGGACCCCGGCGCCGCCGUGUACCAGCAGUACCAGUACCGCCCCCGCGAGGUCGAGUUCAGCUUCAAAAGCACGCCGCUGAACAGGCGGCCCCGCCGCACGCAGCGGCACCGGGAUCAGGACCUCCUGCGAAAGCAGCAGCUCGAGGACCUUCCGGAGUACGGCUCUGCCGCCAAGGUGAAGACGCUGUUCGAACUGAUGGACGGCGACGAUGACGUGGACGACGACGGCGACAUGGAGAGCGCGAUACCGUGGGCAGCAUCCGCGCCGGUCGGCCGGCCGCCGCCGCGACAGGUUCGGAUCACUGAUUCGCCGUUCCUGGCGAGGGAGGACGACGAGGUCGGGAGCAUGGGCGUGGUCGACCGGCGCGCCGACGAGUUCAUCCUGUGGUUCCACGACCAGCUGCGCAUCCAACAACACCAACAGCAACAACAAGGCCCCUCCUCGAGGGAUCGCACCACGUACUGUUUUAGGUAGAUCGGAGAGCAGAGCGAGUACACUCCAUGCAUGCAUGUAUUAUUUCAUAAGUUCUUAAUGUAUAUGUGAGUUGGAUUUUGGAUU